UGAACGCGAACCGUCAGCAACACGCAGGUCAGCAGCAGCUAUCUAUGGUGGCUAUCGCAACAGCAGUCGUCGUAACCGCUGUAAAGAAGGAGUUUUGAAGCGCCACUAGCCACCGCAGCAGCUGUACUGGGUUGUGCAGCUUUGACGGAUGGGUCGAGCUAAGUGAAAUGAGCAGCAGGAGCUAAGCGAGUGAGCUGCGGUGGGCCACGACACAAACGCUAUAGCAACAGCAAUAAUCGCGCCGAUCAGGCAGUAGUCAACAUCGGUUUUGAAAGUCAACCAGCCAUUUAUUCGCUAGGUCCAUUUUGAUCUUUGCCGCUGAAACAACAACAACAACAACAACAGUACGAAGAGAGUGAGUCUUUGUGAGCAAGCCCCGAAAUUCAGCAAAGGCUGAGCACGGAAGGGCCUGCUGCAACAGCACUGGAAUAGUCACUACCAGGCGUGUGUGGGCGUGAAAAAAGAGCCAUGAAAAUUCGAAGCGGAUCAAUAGUGAGUGAAUAGCUGCUCAGCAGUAGGUGUGAUUAUUAAGGAAUCAUAGCGAUAGCAUUGGAAUGGCCUGGGGGGGAGCUGGCUUCUAGAGCCAGUUGGCGUUCGAGUCGAAGCGAGUGCUGCGGCCCUAGCUAAUUUCCUUGAUUUAGACUAGGAACUAAACGCGACCGUUGGUCCGUACUGCAACAAAUCACUACGAAAACGCAGUAAAUGUGUGUAUUUGUAUUGUUACUACUGAAAUUCAGCUAGUUAAUCUGUAUCUGUCGGUCAGUUCAUGUGCAUCUAUACGGUAAAGAAGGGUAAACCCUGCGUGCGCUGAUGUCACCCGACAUGGUGUAGGACUUCAAAAUAGAACCAACCGUACAUUGGCGCUUUGACCGUGAAGAAGACUGCCAGCGUUCACUAAGUUCGACUACGAUAACCGGCAGACAAGCGGCGCAGCUCAUUGGAUUGCCACUGCGUUGGAUCUAACUUAGUGCGCGACAGACAAUUCAUAGUUAUUUACGAAACAAGUUCCUUUUUUUGUUAGAGAUUCUGGCGUUGUUACAGAUUCUCUGUGAACAAUUUCAUCAAUAUUUUAAUAAUCCCAAAGAGAAAAGACUUCCAUUCGACGGUCGGAUACAUUCUAUCUACGUCUUUCUAGUCAGCUACAGACAGAUCGGCAAAGGCAACAUAAAAGUCAAUUCAGAUUCCUGUAACUCUUUGCUUUUUGUCGUCUCAUUCUCUUCGUCUCGUCAACUCUCCAGAUUCCCACAGCUUAUAGAGAAGAUUAGUUCCUCCCAUUCGGCACCUUCUAUUAGCAACGGUAGACACCAGCCCUGUAGCCGUUGUUGAUCUCAUGAACGGCGUACAACGUUCAGCUGACAGUUGCAUCAACUAGCCUGUAUCUGUAGCAGGAACUGCAAGACACUUUCAUUCCUGCCAUAUUUGUAUAUGAAAGAGUGUUUGCUGCGGCAAACAAUCGAAGUCGCUCAGCGAGCAGGCGACCAAAACUCGCGAACAUCACUGUCGCCCUGCUGCUCGUUGCUAAUCGUGUCGGUCGUCCGUUAGAUCGUUCGUAGCCAAUUUAGCUACCAAUUGCGACAGCUAUUUGUUGGGCUGACCGUCGUCGCUGAGUACAACGAAGAGAAACAAACCUGCUGACUUAAUCCGAACAGUAAUAACAGCCUAAGAAGCGAAGCGAUGAACGUGAAUCGAAAAUUUACCGUUCAAAUUCAGCUACUAGCAAAUUUAUUCUAGGGCUAUUUCAAGUUUUCAGCGUAGAAACCCGUCAUUUCAACAACUGCUAUUGCCAGUGUAAGAGUCCAAACCUCGCUUGCUCCGUUACUUACAUUGUUUUUGCAUUCACUCCGAGUAAAGCAAUCGAGCUUACUGGACUCGCUGUCGCGACAUACAGGAGAGAAACCUGGCCGCAGCUGUAACGACCUUCAAGCUUGUUUGUUUUGCAAAUCUCACCGACUUGAUUGUACCUUGAUGUGAGUGUCAUCAUUGAUCACUACCUAGCAAAAUUAAGAAAACUUAGCUUAAAUAACUGAACCGUACUAAAAUCGCUAGGGGAAGUGGACCCGUUACUUGCCGUGGAACUCGUUGAAUAAUUUUUUUUUGUUGAUACUGCGUCGAUUGGCAGUCUACUUCAUACUAGCGUACGAGUCUCGGGAUUUGUUUCGUGUUAUUUACUAAUGAUUAUUAAUGGAGUCGUUGUCCCCUCAUCAACGCCCCCGCCAACUACGGAUAUUCAAGCGUCUCUAAGUCACGUAUCAAGCUACUCCACUUGACUACCUGUUUUUGGUGGUUUACUAUAUACCUAGAAUCUGUUUCGCCACAUAGAGAAGAAAACGCAGGGUACAGAAACAUAGAAGUGUCGCCAGUCAUCGUGUUUCAGCUUUGGUGUUUAAUAUAAUACUUUCCUCGUACAUAUAUCUGCACUUGUUUCGUCGCUCGUUUACAUUAAAAUGUGCAAGAAGUUUUCUUGAAGCAGGUAUUCAUCUGCACUAUCUUCCGUUAGCCCAGAGUGUUUCUCGUUGCUCUGGUUGAACAUUUAACAACGGAACAAAAUAUCUACGAUUCUCAACGCAACAAUUUCAUCUAUUUCAACAAUUAGAACUACAGUCUAGCAGCCCUCAGCACCGUCUUAUUGCGACUUAAGCAGAAACUCACCGAAAUAUCGUAGCCCAGAAGAAUCUAACGAACUAGAGUUAGGAACCUUCAACCAUUAUGUCGUUGAAACAAUUAGUCGGUCAGAAAAUUCUGAACGAUGUCGUUCGUUCAGUCAAAAAGAAGGGGGAUUGGAAAGUGCUGGUUGUGGACACUUUAGGCAUGAGAAUGAUCAGCGCGUGCUGCAAAAUGCACGAGCUGGCCGCGGAGGGCAUGACUAUCGUGGAAGAUCUCGCCAAAAAGCGAGAACCACUGCCUGACGUGGAGGCGGUAUAUCUGAUCACGCCAACCGAGAACUCGAUCCGUCUCCUAAUGAACGACUUCCGUCUUGGUAUGCACAUGUACAGGUGCGCUCACAUUUUCUUCACCGAAAAGUGUCCCGAUGAACUGUUCACCGAUCUGUGUAAGUCGCCCAUUGCAAAAAGCAUCAAGACCUUGAAGGAAGUCAAUAUUGCAUUCCUGCCUUACGAGUCUCAGGUGUACUCACUGGACUCCGUACACACGUUCCAGUGCUACUACAAUCCCAAUCGAAUUUCGGAUAGGCCAGCCAAUCUUGAGAGGAUUGCCGAACAAGUGGCUACUCUCUGUGCUACUCUAGGAGAGUAUCCUUCAAUCAGAUAUCGAGCUGAUUUCGAGCUGAACUCAGAGCUGUCACAACUGAUCAAUCAAAAACUAGACGCAUACAAAGCGGACGAACCAACUAUGGGUGAGGGUCCGGAGAAGUUACGCUCGCAGCUGCUGAUUUUGGACCGCGGGUUUGACUGCGUCUCUCCACUUCUGCAUGAGCUCACUUUCCAGGCUAUGGCCUAUGAUUUAUUGCCCAUUGAGAACGAUGUUUAUAAGUUCGUGGCAUCACAGGGCAACGACGAACGCGAAAAGGAGGUGUUACUCGAUGAAAAUGACGAUCUUUGGGUGGAACUUCGGCACCAACACAUUGCUGUGGUGUCGCAGCAGGUGACCAAACAAAUGAAAAAGUUCAUCGACUCCAAACGCGGAAUGGCGAGUGGUGGAGACAAGUCUAGCCUCAAAGACCUCACCGUUAUGAUCAAGAAAAUGCCGCAGUACCAGAAAGAACUUAACAAGUACUCGACCCACCUGCAUCUAGCAGAAGACUGCAUGAAGUCGUACCAGGGAUACGUUGACCGACUUUGCAAAGUCGAGCAAGAUCUAGCGAUGGGCACGGAUGCCGAGGGUGAAAAAAUCAAGGAUCCGAUGCGUAAUAUUGUGCCCAUCCUUCUCGAUACAGCUGUAUCCAACUACGACAAGAUCCGUAUAAUUCUACUGUAUAUCCUAAGCAAGAACGGAAUCUCUGAAGAGAACCUUUCCAAGCUAAUUCAGCACGCUCAAAUUCCUCCUUCUGAAAAAGGAAUCAUUAGCAAUAUGGCACACCUCGGCGUCAACAUCGUCACCGAUAUCUCGAAUCGCUGGAGUGGGAUCUCGGCGUCCUACGAGGAUCCAGCCAACAUAGGUGGCUGGCAGCCUCCCAAGACUGGCCGUAAGAAGAUAUACCAACCACAUCGAAAGGAACGAAUUACUGAGCAGACAUACCAGAUGUCUCGAUGGACACCUAUCCUCAAGGAUGUCAUCGAGGACGCCAUCGAAGACAAACUUGACCAGAAGCACUAUCCAUUUGUCGGUCGAAGAGACGGCGGAUAUACGCGGGCCGCUCCCACUUCCCAGCGUUAUGGCCAAUGGCACAAAGAUCGUAAUCAACAGGCCAACCUCAAAAAUGUUCCUCGACUUAUCGUUUUCAUAAUUGGUGGUGCCACUUAUUCGGAAAUGCGUGUCGCAUAUGAAACCACACGUGACCUAAAGAACUGGGAGGUGAUUGUGGGGUCUGACCACAUCAUCACUCCCGAAGGAUUUCUCUCCGACCUCAGAGACAUCACAAAUGCCUAAACUACAUUCCUUCUAGAACAAAAGGACGUUGAUAUGUGUUAACAUCUGAAUUGUGACACUGUCGAGUCAGAGGAGAAACUUUCCAACUUCCUUUCCUAUUGAGAUGAACAUUAAAUCUGAUAAUUAUGUGAGAUACUUCUGUUAAACUAGUAGCCGACUAUUUGAGGUGAUGAAAGGCCGACCGCGGGCAUGUAGUAAUGCUUGUACACAAUAUUGGCGUAAACUUGUAUGCUCCCUCAAAGCGUUUCCGGCCGGUCAUUGUCUGCGGCGGGGCUUCUACUAAUCACAGGAGAUAGAGUGGAAGAAGGCGACAUAUACAAGGGCCUUUGAAACGUGCGCAGUCUCUAAUCACACGACCGUAUAGACCAAAUAAGCCGGACACGUUGGAUAAAUACAAGCGUACCACAAGGAUCAACUCUAUGUUGGAAAAAAGAUAGCAACAAUUAGACAGAGGCGCACAUGAGCCUGUGUCUGAGCAUGGUCUAUAUAUUUUUCUCGAAUUUAACGAGGAGCAGCAAUACAUGGCUUCCGCAGCCAUUAACCUCUACUAACACAAUAUAUUAUGACAAUGCGUCACGCUUCUAUCGUUGAAACGUUGGCUUUAGUGUCUACAACGGAAUUCCAACUAAACAGAAAUAGCGGUAAUCUAACGGAUUUUGAUUGAAUUUAGUGAAUCUGUGACCCUAACAGUUGAAAAUUAUACAGAAGAACAUAAAAAAUUGGGUGACCACGAGUUAUUAAUAACUCUUAAUUGAGCAAAAGGGGAACGGCAGUCAGUUGAUCCGCAGAGUGUGCUAUGCGCCUGACUGAUUGGUUGAUUGAUGUUAACGGAUCGUUCGAUCGAUUUGCUUAUCAAUUUCCUUAAAUCAUCUCUUUCAUCACGCAAGUAACGCGGGUGUUAUAACGAUGGCACGGAAGCAUCUACAUAAUUCUCAAUUAACAGACUUAAGGAUGAUAAACGGCCGAUGAUGACUAUUCUAGUUCUACCAUCACUCUCUCUCUCUCUCUCUCUCUAUCUCUCUAUCUCUCUCUCUCUCUACUAUCGAUUGCUGUACGACGAACAUACAAAUAGAUAGACAGCAAGAACCAAGAAGACUUACUCGAACUGGAAUCCCAACCGAACCGUAGGCAAAUAACUGACGAAGCACUGAGAAAGGCGGAUGUGUUAAAACUCUGCGAUUACAUUUGAUGAUUACUUAACGGAAAAACUAACUGUUAUUGUAGCAGCACACGGGGAAUCUAAGAACCGAAAUCAGCUGGUGGAUCUAUGCUAUCAAUCAUCGAAUCAACCAAGCAAUGAACAUGUAUAACGAAUCAAUAGGUUGUCGUCAGCUUGGGUAAACUUGCACAAACCACACAGGGCAACAAUACAAGUAAUGUUAAUUUAAAUUACAGUAGCGACAACGAUAUGGCAGCAACGAUGGCGACAGCAAAAAGAAAAAGAUCACCCAAAAGUGCCACGACGCAGAUGAUAGAAAAAAAAAAUACAAAGUUCGUUAUAAAGGUAAUUCAAUAUAUGCUAUGAUGCUGAGAACAAGCGAUACAAUACCGUGGGCAGGCACAGUUAUAAUAACUGCUAACGGUAGGGACGUAAAAAAACAUCGUAAAAAAAACUUAUCGUAAACAAAAGUACGGUUGAAAACGAAUUAUUGUUAUUAAUAUUACUGCACUAUUCUUAUUAAACGUUUCCUUGUUGUGAGUAUAUUAUUAUUAUACCAAACGAUUAAUAUGGGAAAAGAAUAAGUAGACAAAGUGAUACGUCUAAAACCAUAUAAAAUAUAUUAUUACUCAGAUUAUAAUUCGUAAUGAGUUCAUUACAACGGGAUGAGGCGAGCGAGCGAAAUUGCUGUCGCAUCUCAAGCAAUACACGAUCCUUAACCGGCUAGAUAAAUGAAACAAACGUUUAAAAACGUAAAGUGAUGCGAAUAACUAGCGCGUGUACAAGAUAAGUAAAUUAAAUUUAUUUUUUUGUUUAUAUUACGA